ACGUCAAGCCAUUUCUCGUUGCAGCGUCCCCGUAGCGACAUCUGCACCAUGCAUCUCCUCGUCUAUCUGUCUCUUGGCUUGUUCAUCCUCGGCGCUGAGGCCUCGAGCAAGGGGUCUUGGCCAUGUCCUGAGCCUGAGGAGAUUGCUCCCUGCACUUGCAAUAGUGACGCAGGAGAUAUAAACAUGGACUGCUCCAACGUCCAGAACGACGAGGAGCUGUCCGCAGCUUUUAAGGCGAAUUUCCCGUUCACCGAUCUCAACAGAUUCACCAUGAUCAAAAACCUUUCAGAUGAAAAAAUCGGCGUCACGAGAUUGAGCGCGGACACAUUCAGCAACGUGACGUUCACGAGUUUUGCCAUCAGCCACACCACCCUGACUUCCGUCGACGAUUUGGCCUUCAGUAAAUCCUUCGCAAUCAUGGAGUCCUUGGUCAUCAGCUACAGCGACCUAACCUCUUUCCCGUUCGACAUCCUGAAGAACUGUCCCAAGCUGAAGGACCUGCGCGUGUUCAACAAUCAGAUCAAGCACAUGUCCAACAUACACUCGGAGAGCCUCGAGUACCUGCAGGUCUCGCAUAACCCGGAGCUCCAUUUCAACGACGACACCUUCCAGACUGCGCCAAACCUCAAGCAACUUCUGCUGAACAAGAUCGACCUCCAGUACAUCGCGCCAGACACGUUCGCCGCACAGGAGAGGCUCGAGACGCUGGACCUAAGUGAGAAUAAGAUCACCUCCUUGGUUCCCGACAGCCUCAGGUUCACCAGCCCCGUGAUCAAGGAAAUUAAGCUCCAGAAAAAUCACAUUGAAACUGUCGACGAAGGAUUUAUCUCGGGGCUCUCCGGCGGUGCGUUCCUGUGGAUGCAGCACAACAGGAUGACGGAGAUCCCUGAAAACGUGUGGAGAGAAGUGUUUGAUUCCGUGGUUGAUGCAGCCUCGAAGGAUCUCUUUGUGUUUGAUGACAACCCGUUCCGUUGUGACUGUCAUAUCAAGUGGCUUGUUAGUUCUGACACAUACAUGACUAUCAUAGGAGAGAAUACAAGUUGUGACGAUGGAACUCUAUUAAAUGAUGACAUUCUCGGUGAUUUUAUCAACCAACAUUGCCCUUGAUUUGCCACCGAGAGACUGGCAAGCACGACGAGGCCGAGAAAAUGUUAAAGAUUGGCUAUGUAUACAGCAGUAUGCAAUUAAAAAUACACUGUUUGUAAA